AUGCUUUUAUUUAUUUUUUUUAAUAUUCUAUCUAUCUAUCUAUCUAUCUAUCUAUCUAUCUAUGAGUAUAACACGUGUUCGAUUAAAUUAUUUUAUAGGUUGAUGAAACGUGCAACAAAAUGUUUUUGUUUCGAUCUCAGUUGCUUUCUUCUCUUCAAAUUUUCCCAAUUUUCUCUCCCAGAGUACAAUUAUGGUCUGCCAGGAAAAGGCAAAUCUAAAAAGCGCAAACAAUUCAUCCUUCCCAAAAUCAGUGGAGAAAUUCUGUUUGGCAUCCAUCCUGUAAUAUUGGCCUUAAAAUGUGAGAAGAGAACUUUCUACAAAUUGUAUCUUCAGAAUUCUAUUCAGAAAUCUGACCCCCACCAGCAAAUCAUGACCACUUGUAAUGAGAAGGGCGUUAUUGUGAUGCCAACUGACAAAACCAUUCUUGAUUGUCUUUCUGGAAACAGACCCCAUCAGGGUGUCUGUUUGGAUGCCUCUACAUUAAAGGUGGAUACGCUUGAAAUUGAUCUCUUCAGAAAAUCCAAAAUAAUUGCAGCUAAAGAACCGCCACUUUGGUUGUUGCUUUAUAGAAUUCAGGAUCCAAUGAAUUUUGGGGCUAUUUUACGAAGCUGCUACUACCUUGGUGUCGACAGAGUAAUAUUCUCUCAAGAAAACAGUGCCCCCCUCAACCCCGUGGUGAGUAAAAGUAGUUCCGGUGCCAUGGAAAUUGUUCCAAUGUCUGCAACUCAAAGAGAACAGUCAUUGGUUUACAUGAUCAAGACUGAAAAGAAGAAUGGUUGGAAAGUGAUUGGAAGCGUUGGACGACAGGAUAUUGAUUCCUUGAAUCGAUCUUCUGUGAUUCCCAUCGACCAAUUUGUUCUCCGUGACCCCACAAUCCUGAUGAUUGGUAAUGAAGGCAGUGGACUUACAGACAGAAUGUUGCGGUUAUGUGAUGAACUGGUGACCAUCAACCCCAGAAAUGAUGACCAUUGUCCACUUGUAGAUUCUCUCAAUGUUUCAGUUGCAACAGGUAUUCUUUUACAUUCGCUGAAGAAGUCAAGAAACCCUAGUUGA